AUGGCAGCCUGGAUAAACCAAGCUGGUUAUCCGAUAUUAAUGGUCGAAGAAAAGGAACCCGAAGAAGAAGGCAGUCGAGUGUUUGAAUUGUCCCAGGAACGAUUUUUGAUCGAUGGAACCAAAGACGACUCCAAACCUUUAUGGUUCAUACCGAUUUCGGUUGUCACUUCACGGGCACCAGAAGAGCCCGAGUUUCUCACAAUUAUGGACACCAGAGUGGUGCCAGUCCUGGUGCCGAAUUGUGGCUGCAAAGAUUGGGUAAAAUUCAACCCCAGCAACCGAGAUUUUUAUCGUGUUCAUUAUCCACAAUAUAUGAUCGAAGCAUUUAUUCCGGCGAUCAAAGACAGGUCCAUGGAUGCACCGGACAGGGUGCACAUUUUAAACGACAUGUUUGCCAUCGCAAAAGCUGGGAGGAUCGAUAUUGGUGAUGUUUUGCGUCUAAUGGAGGUCUACAUGCACGAUGAUGAGUAUUCUGUUUGGUGUUGUGUCAACAACUGCAUAGAACAAUUUUUGGCUUUGACCCAACAUACGAAUUAUCACGAGAGGUUCAAGGAGUUUUGCAAAGCUCUCUUCUCAACUAUGAAUGCUAUAGCAUCCACGUCAAGUAUUGAGCUUCUAUUUUACGCCAAGUGCUUGUCCGAGAUUCGUCACAAAAUGAAAUGGGAUCCCGACGAAACCGAGGAAGAAGAGUCGCAAGCCACAGGUCUUCUUAGGUCAUUGGUCAUAACUCGACUUAUUCAAUUGGGCGAUGAAAAACUCAUCAAACAGGCAAAGAAAAAGUUCCAGGAAAAACAGAGAGGAACAAGCGUGAAUGUAAAUCUGGACUUAACACUUCCGAUGUAUCUUGCCGUCAUGUCCGACGCCGACGACGACGUGUUCGACAGAUUGGUUAAUUUGUAUCGAAAGGAAAAAGACCCAGCUGAACGAACUAAAAUACUUGUGGCGAUGGGAAAUUCCUCUUGUGAGGAUAUGUUGCAAAGGGCUUUGGAUUUCAGUUUUACAGACGAUAUCAGGACACCGGACAAGGUCUACAUUUGGCAAAGCGUUUCCCAAACACAGGCAACAAUAAGUGUCCAAUUUUCAGAUAAAUCUAUAUAUCAAUCUUCGUAUAAAAUUGAUAAUUCACCUUUGUAUGAAAUUGAUAUUUCACCUUUGUGCGUUUUGGAGGUGGGCCGUACAUUAGCAUGGAAAGUAUUCAAGGAAAACUUUGAAAAAUUGAAACAGAUUUUCGGUGCAGGUACAAGUAUGCACGAAAUCAUUAUUGCAAUUUGUGCAGGAUUCUCCUGCCCAAAUAAGAUUGAGAAGUUCUUCCAGGACAAUGAUAUUCCUGGCAUAAAGGCUACUUUAGACCAGGCCUUUGAGAAAAUCCAAAUCACUUCGGAAUGGUUGCACAGGGACUACAAGAACAUCGAAGAGUUCUUAGACCAAUUAAAGAUCUGUUCCUGCCAAACAAAACAAGGCGAACCAGGAGUCUGCACUUGCGAAUUCGACAGCGAAGACUUCAAAUGUUCUUGCAAACCAGAAAUUUAA